AUGGGGAAAAUUCAUCAGUGUCACACAACUUUAGCGUGUGUUAUGGGAUCAAUCCUCACCGCGUCUCUAUCAGUAUGGCCUUCAUAUACAAUAGCUGAAUUUACCUCAAACAGUACCACAGUUAUCCAAUCGCCGAUGUCUUCUUUUGAAACGUCCUUAGUAGGAAGUUUGCCAUCGCUUGGUGGUAUGCUAGGCACUAUGUGUGCUGGGAUGAUCAUCGAUGGCUUUGGAAGAAAAAAUGGUGGACUUUUUAUAGCUUUGAUCUAUCUGCUGUCUUGGGUUAUGAUGGACCUGACGUCAUCGACUAUGAUAAUAUUAAUAGCUCGCUUUCUCUCUGGAAUCUCAAUGGGUGCUUCAUCGGUUCAUGCGCCGAUACCCAUAUCAGAAGUUGCUGAUGAAUCAAUUCGCGGAAUGCUGAGUUCAGCCCCCAUGGCUUCAUAUUGUAUUGGAGCGAUGUUGUCUUAUUUCAUUUGGGAUGGACCUUAA